AUGAGUAAACCAAGGAUUUUAAUAGGCCAAAUAAAAAACGUAGGUGAUAUUAAAGGGUGGAACUUAAAAGGAAUUGAGUCAUGCAAAAAAAAAAUUUUUGGAUAUACGGAAAAUAUGCCAGGUGAAAAAAACUGGAUUAAACCACUACUGGGAAAAAGUAUGCAGAAUUAUUAUUUCCCAUCAAAAUAUUUACACCUUGAUUUUAAUUUAAAGGAAUAUAUGAGAAUGCAGACUGUACGAUUUCAGAAAAAGGAGACAGAUGAUAGUUUAAUGAAUUUACAAAAGUGCAUUAAUUUGAUUGUUGAGAAUAAGGAUAAGGUGGAAAAGUUUUUAAGAAAUAUACCAAAGGAAUUAUAUUUCGAAAAUCAAAGUUUGAAGGAUUUUUAUUCCUUGUACUUGACAAUCUUCCCAGCUGAUAAACACAAUCAUUCUUUAUCCCCUGAUGAUUUAAAAGAAUUAAACUUGGGAGAUCAGAACUUCACUUGGUUCAACCGAUCAUCCAGAUCUGCCAGUGAGACGCAAACGGAUAAAUCAAAUUUUAGUCAUACCGAUUUUUACACACAAAAACAAAAUGAGAACGAAAAUGAUGAGAGCACGCCAGGAAAAAAAAUGGUAAAAAAAAAAGUGUUACAUAAAGAGGAAGGACAAAAUAUGAUCCCUCAAAAGGAAUGUGAAAAAAUAUCAUCACAAAUGAACCAUUAUAAAAAAAUAAUUUUUACUAGAACCAAGGGAAAAUUGUUAUUUAAAAGGAUAAUACUUGGUAAUAAUCAGGUGCAGGGGGAUAAAAUGGCCAUGAGAUUGAAUAAACAGAAGGAAGAAAAUGCAAGUGGCGAAAAGCUGUACUAUGUAGACUGUGACGUGAACAUCGGGCUAGAAGAGAGAAGAGAAAAAUGUAAAAAAGAAGUGGAUGAAUGCGAAAAAUCGAAGAAGCAGUUUAUAAAUUUAUUAAGUGAAAAUGAAAGCUUACGAAAAACAUUCUGGAUCAGAAACAGAUUUAUCGAUCCUCUAUAUCUACGAAGGAGAUAUUCCUUUAUUGAUAAAUUAACAAAAAAGAAAAUAAAAAAAGAGAAGUAUAAAACUUACAGGAAGCAUUUUAUUCAGCACGCCGAUGAGAAACAAGUGUGGCCAGAUAACAAGGGCUUGCUCAAUAAAGUUUACCCAAAUCCGUAUUCGUAA